AAAYGCCCCAAAUACACCUCACUAACCGAGAAAUCCCAACAUGUUGCUCCAGAAGGAAUUUCUAACCCCUCAAGAUCUUGAAAAUACAGAAUUUAGGUCCAGGCUGUAAUAAUUUCAGUCCGUUUCCAUUGUCCCCCAGGCUACCAGGUGACCGGCGUCUUCAUGAAGAACUGGGACCCCCUGGACGAGCAGGGCGCUUGCGCCAUCGACCGCGAUUGCGACGAUGCCUACCGCGUGUGCCAGCAGCUGGACAUUCCUUUCCAUCAGGUGUCCUACGUGAAGGAAUACUGGAACGAAGUGUUCAGUGACCUCUUAAAAGAAUAUGAAUUGGGAAGGACUCCUAAUCCUGAUAUUGUGUGUAACAAGCACAUCAAAUUCAACUACUUUCUUCACUACGCCAUGGAUAACCUUGGAGCAGAUGCAAUUGCUACUGGGCAUUACGCUAGAACCUCACUAGAGGAGGAGGAAGUUUUUCAACAGAAACACAUUAAAAGGCCACAGGGGCUUUUCAGAAACCGUUUUGAAGUUAGAAACACUGUAAAACUCCUUCAAGGAGCUGACCUCUUUAAAGACCAGACCUUCUUCCUAAGUCAGAUCUCACAGGAUGCUUUGAGGAAAACCAUUUUUCCUUUAGGGGAUUUAACAAAAAGCUUUGUAAAGAAGAUAGCGGCGGAACAUGGGCUUCAUCAUGUGCUAAAGAAAAAAGAGAGUACUGGAAUCUGUUUCAUUGGCGAAAGAAAUAUUGAAAAAUUCCUUCUUGAGUACUUAGAACCUCAGCCAGGUAAUUUUGUUUCUAUUGAAGAUAAGAAGGUGAUGGGAACACACAAUGGUUGGUUCCUGUACACAAUAGGCCAGAGGGCCAGACUAGCAGGCCUGAAGGAUGCUUGGUUCGUUGUAGAUAAAGAUGUUAGCACUGGAGAUAUCUUUGUGGCACCAUCCACAGAUCACCCUGCGCUCUACAGGGACCUGCUGCGGACAAACCGAGUGCACUGGAUAGCGGAGGAGCCUCCUGCGGAGCUCGUUAGGGAUAAAAUGAUGGAAUGUCAUUUCAGAUGUCGGCACCAGAUGGCACUGGUGCCUUGUGUGCUGACUCUAAACCAAGAUGGGAGCGUGUGGGUCACUCUAGUGAAGCCAGAAAGAGCCCUCACACCAGGGCAGUUUGCCGUGUUCUACAAGGGCGACGAGUGCCUGGGCAGUGGGAAGAUCCUCAGGCUGGGCCCGUCCGUGUUCACCUGGACACAGGGCAAGAAACGAGAGGAGGCCGCCAAGAAGGAAGAGCUGGACAAGACAGAGCCAGCAAGGUAGCAUGUGGGUUUGUUUCCUCAUGGACUUUGGAGGAUUUGUUGCCUGAGAAUAAUAAAAGCAAGAGCAAACAGCUUCCUUGUUGAGCUCUAAUAUUGAAAAAGGUCAGUUGAGUCUCCAGUUCCUCCUCUUGCCUGUUGGCACAAAACAGGUUUGAAAUGAAAAACAGUUUGGUGUAACCUCACUGAAGUGGAUGGUGAUAGUAGGAUUAGUAAGUGCCAAGGGGGUGCCUUAAACUAGCUCUGUAAUGAUAGUCAUCCAUACWAGAGUUUUAGCUUAACACAAUCAUGUCUGAGAACAUAAACCUCUGAGGUAUAAGUGAAAUAACAGUUUUUCAUACUUGAAGAUGCUGGUCUGUAAGUAUAAGGGUUGUUUAUAGUAAACAUGUUCAUUGAACUCUGGAGAGGAAUGAGUGAUAUCCAGUUCAUUUUGCAUGAACGCUAAGCAACA